AUGGCCAAAGCACCGGGGCCCUUCACCAAGGCAUGGUACGAGUGGAAGAUGCUGCGCUUCCCCUGGCGCAAGCGGUGGCUGGUGGGCUUCGACCUCCAGGGCAACACGUUCUGGGAGUUCAAGGACGCUCUGCACUCGCUGCGCAACCGCCGCAUCGCAAAGUACGCCCGCUCGACCCACUACGGCGACGUCAACGUCUCGCCCGGCUGGAUGCAGUGGCUGCGCCACACGCGCUUCGAGCCGCCCUCGCUGGCAGAGCAGCAGGCUGACGUCCAGCGCCAGCUGAACAUCAAGAUGCUCGCCGCCCGUGCAGACGAGCGCUGGGCCGCCAAGCCGAGCGCCCUCGACGCCCCGGACAAGCAGCAGCCCAUGCCCGUGCUGGAGAGCAGGGACCCCAAGAGCGGCCUCGUGCACCCCAACCCUGACCAGCACCUGCCGUCACCCACGCCGCCGUCGAGAGACGACGGGCAGCCAAAGCCCUUGACACCGCCGUCGGCGUCGAGAGACGAAUGGCAGCCAAAACCCUGGACACCGCCGCCGCGCAAGCGAGGCUGA